GAACAGCCCUGGAGCCUCAACCAAGGGCUCAUUCUUGCAGUGCAGUGCUCGGUCUCGACGGUUGACUCAGCUAUCAUGCCCGUCGAUCGCAGGAAGGCUGCUGUGUUUGGCGGCGCCCUCGCGUUGCGACUACUGCUCUUGCUUCUGUUUCCCUCCCUGCCUGACUUACUGACAGGCCGAGUGGAGGUCUCGACACCGGUGACCAGCUUCAAGAGGCUCCAGGAAGGUCUUUUUCUUUACAACCGCAAUGUAUCACCUUACGAUGGAGGCGUCUUCCACCAAGCUCCGCUUCUGCUUCCAAUAUUCUCCCUUUUGCCGAAUGCCCAAGAUUGUCCCCUUCCAACUGCGCUUUUUUACUCGCUUGUCGACUUGCUCAAUGCGAAUGCUCUAGUCACCAUCUCCGAUUCCACACAGGCGGUUUCCGGCAGAUUGUACUCGUCAAUAAGGAAGCAUCUCAAAUGGGAUGGGGCUGUGGUUGCCGCUUGGUUCCUCUUUAACCCCUUUACUAUCGCAACAUGCCUCGGACGAUCAACCGCAGUAUUCACCUCGACCGGGAUUCUCUAUGCCCUUUCCGCAGCGGUUCAAGGCCACAGUCUCAAUUCUAUGUUCGCAUUAGGAUUUGCGUCGUAUCUGUCGAUCUAUCCAGCCCUCCUAUUCAUCCCUCUCGUCCUCCUUUGCUAUGAUAGACAGGCCCAGCGCAGCCAAAGCUCUCCCUCUAUUGCUCUGUUCGUGAUGAAACAUUUCGCGGUCUUUCUUCUGAGCGUUGCGGGGCUCCUUGGGAUAUCUCUCCUAAUUAUUGGCGAUUUUCCCAUGCUAAUCUCUGCAACAUACGGCUUCCAACUGCUCGUUCCAGACCUUACCCCCAAUAUUGGUCUUUGGUGGUACUUCUUUAUCGAGAUUUUCGACUCGUUCCGGGAUUUUUUCCUCGGUGUUUUCUGGCUCCAUCUAGCAGCUUAUGCCGGUAGUCUCACUGUGCGGCUACGUCGACAGCCUUUGUUCGUCGUCACCUCGCUACUGGGGAUCUUUGCGGUUUUCAAGCCGUAUCCGAGCAUCUCGGAUGCUUCACUAUAUUUCGCUCUUCUCCCGCUUUACCGGCACAUCUUCCCUUUGAUGCGCUAUACCUUCUUCUCCGUUUCGGCUAUUCUCUAUGCCUCGCUGCUGGGCCCUGCUUUUUACCAUCUCUGGAUCUACGCCGGCUCUGGGAAUGCCAACUUCUUUUAUGCAAUUACGCUUGUGUGGAGUUUAGGUCUAUCACUCGUCAUUGCGGAUACGGUUUUCGCUGCCCUCCGCGACGAAUGGGAACAAGAGAACCCAGACAAACGCGGCAAAUCCGUCAAACAAGUGUAAAUAUACUUCUAUCUAUAAAAUGUUCAUUAACGGCUAGACAUAUUUUAGCGCAAGUUUUUGGACAUAAUCAUAUAGUCUGCCUCCUUCACAGUUCCAUUUCUUAGCUUUCGCGGGCGCGGAGAGCUCUCAUCCUCUGUAUAUCCCACCCUCAUGUAGAAUUUGAGCGCACGGCUAUUUGAUUUGAAAACAGUCAGCAUCGCCUUCUCGAGACCAAUAGCCCGUCCUAUCCGUUCAAAUCUCUCCAUUAACUCCUCUCCUAACCCCAGGCUCUGCACUUCCGGCAUAAGGUGAAUCUCAUAGCAGUAUAGCACUUCAUACCCAUCUU